GUUUCUUCUUCUUCCACCACCUCCUCCUCCUCCUCGCUGUCACUCUGCGUUCCUAUGAAAUGGCGAUGGCAGCGAUGACUACACUUCGAGCUCCUCUUCCUGCACCAUUUUCGUCUGUCUCGAAGCUCUCGACACCUAUGCCGAGAAUCCCCGUCUCUGUUCGAGCCGCAUUGGGUGAGAACAACGACCAAUACGAACGUGUUUCCAUUGUCAGCCCCGGACGAAGAGAGCUCCUGAAGGGAGCCGUUCUGGCUCCUUUGCUGUGGGGGGCAGCUCUCGCUCCACCGCCAUCAGAAGCUAAGGAGGCGGAGGUGGGGUCCUAUCUCCCGCCAUCCCCCUCCGACCCUUCUUUCGUCCUCUUCAAGGCCUCUCCCAGGGACACGCCCGCCCUUCGCGCUGGGAAUGUUGAGCCCUACCAGUUCGUUCUCCCACCGACUUGGAAACAGGCAAGGGUCGCAAACAUCUUAUCAGGGAACUACUGCCAACCGAAGUGCGCGGAGCCUUGGGUGGAAGUGAAAUUCGAAGACGAGAAGCAAGGGAAAGUCCAGGUAGUGGCUUCCCCACUCAUCCGACUCACCAAUAAACCGAAUGCAACCAUCGACGAAAUAGGCAGCCCAGAGAAGCUGAUUGCCUCUCUCGGACCUUUCGUGACGGGAAAUACAUUCGACCCAGAUGAGCUUCUUGAAGCAUCGGUUGAGAAGCUUGGCGGUCAGACGUAUUACAAGUAUGUUUUGGAGACUCCGUAUGCUCUGACGGGUAGCCACAAUCUCGCAAAGGCGACUGCAAAGGGCGGCACUGUGGUUCUUUUUGUUGCUAGUGCAAAUGAUAAACAGUGGCAAGCGUCUGAGAAAACUCUCAAAGCAAUGCUCGAAUCCUUCCAGGUGUGAGUUCUUCUGCCAAGCUUAACAGAGUGUUAUGAUACUAUGGAGGAAAGUUGCCGAACCCAAAGAUACAAUUACUACUGUUGCAAUAUUACUGUACUGAAGAGAGAAGUCACCUUUUUAGUCCAUUUUCUCUAGAAAGAGAUGGCAGGGCUGGCGAGAUAGAGAUGUAUUCCAUUGUAUGACGUCGAGCUAGCCAAAUUCAGAUUCGAAUUAAAAAAAAAAAAAUCUUGUUGCAGCACUCUACAUUUAUGUGUACCAACCACUUGAUCCAUUCAAUGCCCUUGAUUCUCGGUUUCGAAUAUUGUCACUUAUAAUCUUAUAGCGUC